UAUAGAAGAAAUCUAGGCUAACUGCAUAAUGGCGAGCUCACCCUUGUCUCUGAUCUCCAAACCACCAUCAAUCACCCUUCUCCACCACCAACGUCCACCGCUACCCACCGUCCGUGUCAGUGCCGCAACCUCCACAACAAUGCCAAACCACCACCCUUCACUCGAAAUCACAGGUGGAGGAGCUAAGCGUUUCCUCCCUGCUCUCAAUACCCGCCACCAUCCUUACAAGCCUUUUCCCAUCAUUGGUUGGAACCGCCAUCUCGAGACCAUAUUCGCCGCCUUCUUCCGUACCGUUCCCGACGUUAAGUACCGCCGUGAGUGCCUCCGAACCAAAGACAACGGCACCAUAGCCUUGGAUUGGGUCUGUGGCGACCACAGCACCUUGCCUCCCGACUCUCCGAUCCUCAUUUUACUGGAAGGGCUAACAGGAGGGAGUCAGGAUUCAUACGUGAAGCAGAUGUUGGUGAAAGCUAAGAGCAAAGGCUGGAGGGUUGUGGUGUUCAAUAGCAGGGGGUGUGCAAAUAGCCCUGUUACUACUCCUCAGCUCCAAACAGAUUCAUUCACGGCAGAUACUUGUCAUGUUGUAGAUCAUGUUUCCUCCAUGUUCCCGGAAGCAAGUAUUUACGGUGUCGAUUGGUCUCUUGGAGGGAACAUCCUUGUUAACUACUUGGGAAGGGAGUACCAUAGAUGUUCUCUUUCUGGUGCUGUAUCACUAUGCAAUCCUUUCAAUUUAGUUAUUGCAGAUGAAAAUCUCCGAAAGGGCUUCAACAAUAUUUAUGACAGAGAACUUAGGGGAGAUGUACAUGAUGAAUAUAAUGUCCAAGCGGGUCUGAAUCCUUGUACAGUACAUGAAUACGAUGAAGCAAUAACACGAGUAUCAUUGGGUUACAAAUCAGUGGAUGACUAUUACUCAAAUUCUUGUAGUUGUCAUGUUGUUCAACAUGUUAGGAUUCCUUUGCUUUGCAUCCAGGCUGCAAAUGAUCCGAUAGCUCCCAUCGAGGCAACUCCUUACGAAGAUAUCAAGGAAAAUCCGAACAGCAUGCUGAUAGUAACACCCCAGGGUGGCCAUUUAGGAUGGGUUGCCGGUGAUGAGGCACCCUUUGGAGCUCCUUGGACAGAUAAUGUGGUGAUGGAUUUUCUCGAACAUCUGCGGAACGGAGCAUCAAACAACAACGCGUCGAAGCCCGAAGCAUUUUGAGCCAUGGAUAUACAAAGGUCUGCAAGAGGAUUCAGAGGGC